UCACACACUCAGUAGUGAUGUCGCUAUACUUGGAGUUGGAAGAACUCCUGGUAAAAAAGGGGGUAGUUAACAUCGAUGAUGAAGCGCUAGCUGAGAUUAAUAAUAUUGGGUUAGAGGAGUGGUUGAGGCGACUGGAUGCACCAGUCGCUUCUCCACCACCACAGCCACCUCCAACAGCUACAUCCCCACCACUGCCACCACCAACAGCUACAUCCUCACCCCACCACCGCCACAAGUCGCCUCACCAUCACCACCAGUCGCCCCACCACUGCCACCAGUCGUCCCACCAUCGCCACCAGUCAUCAAACCAUCCCCAGUCACCACUGCCGCCACCAACAGCUACAUCCCCACCGCCGCCACCAGUCACCCCACCACCAGCCGCCCGUCACCCCACCACCACUGCAAGUCGCCCCACCAUCGCCACCAGUCGCCCCACCAUCUCCACCAGUCAGCCCACCACCGCCGCCGGCUCCAGCAGCAACCCGACCACUGCUGCUGCUGGAGGGGGAUGGGGGUGAGGAGGCGCGAUUCUGAGUAGGGGAGUUUUAUAGAGCAGGUUCGCCCAUCCAGAGGGAGGUUGAGAGGGAGAGGGGCUAUGGCCGAGGACGACCCUCUCAUGCAUUGUUGAAUAGACAAUGAAGGA